UAAUUCACUCAAUUGCAGUUUGUAAAAUGCGGGCGUUUAUGUUAUCUACUUCUAGCAAUUCUUGUGAACUACGAAGUACUGGGCAAAGUACAAUUGUUGUUAGUAAAUGUUAGUGGAACAAAAAAUGUUGAAGCACAGUGUAUCAAUGAUGACUACAAUGACGCGAUUGCAUGGGUCACACCACCACAGAACAAUUACCCCACUGCAUUGACAGCAAAUGAAUCUCUGAGUCAUAUUAAUUUUGAUUGGAACGCAUCUGAAUGGGCAUCUGAUUUGGCAUAUAGGGGAUGUUUGGUCCAAUCUUAGAUUACACAUGGGAAACAUUCCCUCUUAUUAAGACUCCAGGAGCCAAACUCACACGAUAUUUAAAUUUUGAAAAUCUUGGCCAAAUAAAAAUAUUUAACCAAUUCGAACUUAAUUUCUCGUUUUUGGGAAAAUCAAACGCACAUAUUUACAUGUGUUCGGGCACACAAAUACCCGCCAGUGAUUGUUUUAUUAUUAGUGUGGGUGGUUGGUAUGGUAAGCUAAGUGUUUUUGCCCGUUGCAAAAGUGGUACAGCUCCUACAAACACAAAUGAUAACUUGGCAGGUUGUGAAGUGGUUAAAAGCAUAAAUCAUCCGCAAUUAUUCUCUGAAGACCAUUGGAGCCAGAUAUCAAUAAGAUAUUAUAAUCAACAAUUAUUAGUGAUUAUUGAUGACGUUUCUUUGAUAUCUUACAAUGUUUCAAAUCAAAACGAGUUUAAUAAUUAUAUAAGAUUGUUUAUUCAAUCAUAUACAGAGAAUGCUGUAUGGAAGUACCAUGAAUAUUUAUAUCAUGAAGCCCGAAGAAUUAAACACCAACAGAUUGAUAGUGAUUGGUUUCAAGUGCAUUGCAAUCAAAUAUGCAUUUCGCUGUUUGCAAACUUUGAAAAAGAAACAACUUUACAACUAUUUGAUGAAAGUCGUAACCUGAUUAAUACGUAUGAUUAUCAGAGGGAUAGUAACUCGCAAUGGAAUUACAAGACUUUUGAUAGUUCAGUUGUGGCAAACAAUUCAUAUAUACUGCGUAUUACGAGUACUAGGAAUUAUGACAAUAUGAUAGCAAUUCGGAACGUGUUUCUUCAUGAAGACUGCAAAAUUAAGCAGAAACAAUUUCAUGCAUCAAUCUUAUCAUACAAUGGUUUACCAGAUGAUAUUAAGUGUACAUCUCUUCGAGAAAAAAACACAAAACUAAUAAUUCGUUAUCCAAUAAAAAAUGAAACAAUCUACCUGGCCGAAAAUAAAAAACAUAAUGAUUUUUGUAGUAAAUUUUAUAAUAGUGCGAUUUGUGCGCAUCGCAUGACGUGCAAUGAAAAUUUCUGUUAUUGUUCAAUGGGAUACACUGGGAAAUAUUGUCAUGAAGAUUGUAAUUGGGGAACUUACGGAUUCAAUUGUGAAUCCAAAUGUGGAGAGUGUAGAUUGGUCCAUUGCAGCGAAAAUACUGGAAAAUGUCCUGGCGGAUGUAAAGACAAUUAUAUUGAACCUUUCUGCAAGCAAAGUGAUUUGCCAGUCUUGAAUGACAUUGCAUCGAUUCAGACAGAUUGUAUCUUUAAUUGUAUAAUAAUAAUUUAUGACAAUGAGUUAAAUUAUGAUGGUAGACACCAACCAAAAUAUUAUUACACCCGGUUAUUUCAUUCGAAUACAAGAGUAACAGAAGGAGAAAUUACACCAAUUGAGCAAAAUGUCAUUCAUUUUAAUAAUCUAAUAAAAAGUGCAAAAUAUUCAUAUCAAAUUGUUCUUUGUGUGAAUGCUAAGAAAGAAAAGUGUUUUGACAAAGAUAUCAAAACGUUUGUAUUUGCAACACAAUGUAGAGAACUUGAAUCGGAUCAGAUUAACAUUGAAAGUGUCAAUAAAUCUACGACUGUUAAAAUUACAUCUUUUAAUUCUGAGACCGAAUGUGACUUCUCUCAAUAUCAUUGGUUGAUAUCUAAAGUAGCUGACAAUACAAUUGUUCGCUCAGGAGCGUUACAAAGACUUAUAGAAUUAAAGUUCUUAAACGCAUUCACCAAUUAUACCCUGCAACUAACAAGAAACAACACAAUAACUCAAAUCAUUUCAUUUACCACGGACGAAUCCAUUCCAAAUGGUGUUGUAAAUACCAGAAUAAAUUCUACAGCAUCUAAUACACUACAUAUAACAUGGGAGGAACCAUUUCCUGUAUUAGGCAUUAUCACCCACUAUCUUGUGGAAUGGAAAUUUAUUGAAAAAAGAGGAUGUUCUAUUGAUAAAAAAUUACCAGAUAUUCAUUCAAUGAAUGUGACAAACACCGAAAUUACAUUAAGUAAUUUACACUUUUAUUCUACAUAUUAUAUUUCAAUUUCUGCAUUUACUAAAAAAGGACAAGGUCCCGUAAAAGCGAUAAUUGGACAUACUGAUGCAGAAGAUAAAAGCAACGUUGAAGUAUUUAAAUUCAAAAGUUUUGUUUCUAAGAAUGCUCUACAAGUAUCACUGUCGGUAGACUGCAUUAAUUGGAAUGGUCCUGUUUUUGUUCAUUUAUCUGCCACGUGUAGAAGUGAGUGGUGUGAAGGAAUCAUGACAAAUCACUCUGAACUUGUACAAUAUAAAAAUAUGAAUACUGCAAUUCAGAAGCUGCUCCCAUACACCAAUUACUUCAUGGAAAUUUAUUUGUCCAGUAAACCGAUUAAAACUUAUUCAAAACUAGGAUCUGUAGAUUUCAUUACUCUUGCUAGUGUCCCAAAUCAAGUCAAAUAUGCAGAAGUGUAUAGUUCAACAGAAAACAGUUUAUUUCUAAGGUGGAGUGCACCAUAUCCUCCAACUGGAGUAUUGAGUACAUUUUUAAUACAAUUUAAAUCCACAAAGUGGUCCUGGACACCUCAUACAAUCAAAGAAAUAAGCCCAUGUAAAAUAUGGACCAAUAUGUUUUGCACUACUCUGGUUGAUCUUUAUGAAAAUCGAGUUUACGUAAUAUCAAUUUCUGCAGUAAAUAAGAACGUUUCUAGCAUCGGAAUAGCAACAGAACUUUCCGGAUCCACAUUUAUUAGUGAACCCCAACCGCCAUUAAAUUUUAAGCCAAUUUGGGAUGAUUCGUAUUUUCUUCACCUGCAAUGGCAACACCCGAAUAAAACAAACGGACCGUUUGAAAGGUUUGAAGUAAACGUGGAUGGACAACAUAUUAAUCAUCAAGUACCAGAAAAUCUUACAUACACUAAAAAAACUUCUUUCCAAUGCACACCUGAUAACCAUAGCACAGCAGUCAGUAUUCAGACUAUCAACUCGAAAUACAAAUCUAUUUUAUUAUCCGAUAGGUUUGCCUGUCCGGUGUUUAAAGCUACAUUUAAAUCAGUACCAACAUUGAAACAUGUUAACGAUUACAAUUUCAGUAUUUUUAUUCCAACCAUAGAAAAUGCUGAAUUAAAUAGCAGUUUGUAUAUUAUUAUAUUAACUAAUCAUUCUGGAAUGGAAAAUGCUUGUAAAAUAAUUACUGGAAUUGAGGCGGUUAUACCAAUUCAAGAACAUCAGACUUGUACGAUUAUACGCCACUAUGAUCAAGCUCAAUACAAAGAGAUUGAAGAAACCGAAACAAACGUCACAUUCACCGAAAUGCCAGAAUAUGAAGCUUAUGAACUCUAUAUAUUAAUUGUAAACAUAUUUGAAGCUCAGAUGUCACAUAGUUUGUACCUGGUAACUAACACAACUAAAACUAGGAGCAAUGAAAAUACUACAGGCACUUUAAAUACUACAGGAUUUAAUAUAUGGUGGUUUAUGUUGAGUGUCAUAAUUGUUAUUGUUAUUACUGGAGGUUUAUUAUGGAAGUAUAAGUGGAAAUCUACAGAGGAAAUUAAUAUGAAUGAUAUAAAUUAUACUGAAAUUGUCGACUUAGGUGCAAUGUCAACUAGAAUAUCUUCAUCUACAGUACCUCCGCCUUUACCAACGAGAUCAAAGAAAUCAGUCACACAGAAAUAUGAAAAGUGCUCACAAAAAGUGCAUGUUUCAGAGUUGCACGAUUAUGUAAGGAAGACGAUUUUUAGUGAUGACCUAUUGGCACAACAUAAAAUAAUCAUGGAAAUAUCGAGCAAUACUAUUGAUUAUCAUCGAGUAGAAACUGCUCAUGACUCUAUAGAAGCAAAUUACGUAUCAAGUCCACUCUGCACGAAAGCGUAUAUUUUGUGCUUGGCUCCACCUAUGGAAGGUCUUUACCAUUUCUGGCAGAUGGUUGUGGAAGAAUGUGUAGAAAACAUCGUGUUAUUAGCGACUGUAUCUGAUAUUAAAAAGGAAAAACUAAUACAAUACUGGCCCGAUUAUCAAACAAAUAAUCCAAUAUCAUUCAAAGAUAUACAAAUAUCCUUGCAGUCUGUCGAAGUUCUGUACAACUAUAAAGUGUAUAACUUAAAAGUAAAGUCUGGAACCACUUCGACAAAGAAACGCAUUUUACACUUCACAAAUUGUGCAACGCCCGGAAGGCCUAUGAAUCCUAACAGUCUCACAUCAUUCCUUCAAUGUCUCAACGCAGUUCCGCAUUCUUCUAAGCACCCAAUUUUGAUUCACGAUGCCGGCGGAUAUGGAAAUUGUGCUAAUGUAAUUGCCCUGGUAGAUAUCUGUUUGAGACAGGCUGAGCGUGAUGGUCACUUGGACAUUUUUCACCAAUUACAAUUGCUUCACUCACAACGGUCCAACAUUAUGGAUAAUGUUGAAGAUUAUUUGUUGGUACAUCUAAUCUUAGUCAAGUACCUGACUACACCACAAUAUGCGUACCCUUGCGACACGUUCAGUUCUCUUCUUCCCGGCAUUGACAAAGCAAGUUUAACGGAACAAAUAGAAAUGAUUGAAGAUUCAAUGUGGCAGGAAAAUGUUUUACGCCCGGAAGUAUAUGUCCGGCAUUACAAUCAAAGGGAUAAGAAUCGCGAUCAGGAUAUUAUACCACAUCCUUCAUGUCGUGUAUUUUUACGUCCUCUGUAUGAGAAGGAACCGUGUUAUAUCAAUGCGAUUUUUGUUGAUGGUUACCAACAGGCUAAACAAUUCAUUGUCACCCAGCAUCCUCUGGUCAAUACAGUGGAUGAUUUCUGGAGAUUGGUUAUAGAUAAUAACGUGAAGCUUGUGAUAUCUUUCCAACCAGAAUACGAUGUGGAAUUUUGGAAAAAAGGUGGUGACUUUCACACCCCAAAUGGGACUUUAAUUGAACACGUGGAAAUUUCAGAACUUGCUGAUUUUUACAUGCAUAAUUUGCGUGUAAAACUCCAUGGGACACCAAUAAAAAAGAUUGAAGUAAAUUUAAUAGAAAUUACAAGCUGGAAACUGAAUCAAGCUGUACCACCAGAUUUACACCUUUUGAUGUCAAUUAGACUUCAAAUGCAUAGAAUGAAGUGUGAAGAAUUCAGUAGUGUUGUAGUGAUGUGCAGAAAUGGUGCUUCUGGGUCGGGUUUGUAUAUUGCAGCUUGCAAUCUUUUGGAUCGUAUUGAGUCGGAGCAUGUGGUUGACGUUUGCACGAGCGUGCGUAAUAUUCGCAGUAAUCGAUCUCAGUUUGUGUCUGAUCCAAUUCAGUUUCAUGCUUUGUAUAGACUUUCUUCUUUGUUUCUUGAAGAUUUUCGGAAAUAUUCAAAUUUUGGAACAAUAAUUUCAACAGGUAAAAGAAAUAAAAUGUCCAACCACAUGCGAAAACUUAAAACUGAAAAUAUGUAAGACAUAAGAAUAAACUAAUUCUAAUAUA